AUGCUACGGUUCUCUGAAAGAUUCAUUCCAAAAAUUUCAACUACGAAGUUUUACCAACAGAGCAGAUCUAUUAUUAUUAAUGCUGAUUUACAAAGAAAAUUAGAUGAAUCAACGAAUCAUCCUGUUGUAGUUAUAGGAGGAGGACAUGCUGGAUGUGAAGCUGCUACAGGGUCAGCAAGGUCCGGAACUUUGACUACUUUGAUUACACCUAGUGUGGAUAAAAUUGGCACAGCAUCCUGUAAUCCAUCAAUGGGUGGUGUCGGAAAAGGAACUCUACUUCGAGAAAUUGAUGCAUUAGAUGGUGUUUCGGCUCGUAUUACUGACAAAGCAGGUAUUCAUUUUAAAAUAUUAAAUGCCUCCAAAGGUGCUGCAGUACAUGGUCCUCGUGCUCAGAUUGAUAGAAAGAUAUAUUUAACUGAAAUGCAAGAAGAGAUAUUGAACUAUGAAAACUUGAGAGUACUUGAAGCUCAAGUUGAGGAUAUUAUUAUUGAGCCCCCAAGAGAUCAAGUCAUUGACGUUUCAGGUCGAAACUUUGGAAUAGUGAGGGGGGUUGUAUUAUCUGAUGGCAGUAUCUUAAAAUGUUCUAAAGUAGUUGUUACAACGGGUACUUUUUUGGGAGGUGAAAUUCACAUAGGUCUUUCUUGUCACCCUGCAGGGCGUAUGGGCGAAGAGGCAACAUUUGGCUUGUCUAAGACUUUUCGUGAUGCCAGCUUUCGCUUGGGGCGCUUGAAGACGGGUACUCCCCCAAGACUCUCAUCGAAGACCAUAGAUUAUACAAACUUGGCUCCUCAACUUUCUGAUUACCCUCCACAGCCGAUGUCUUUUAUGAACGAUCAAGUAGAUCUUCAAGAACAGCUAAUGAAAUGUCAUAUGACGGCCACAACACCCGAAUUGCAUAAACUUAUCGCUGAUAAUCUAGAUAAAUCAAUACAUAUCAGAGAAACUGUCAAGGGUCCUCGAUAUUGCCCAUCUAUUGAAUCUAAAAUUAUAAAGUUCCCGCAGAAAUCUACUCACCUUGUAUGGCUUGAACCUGAAGGAUUGGAUACUGACUUGGUUUACCCCAAUGGUAUAUCAUGCACAAUGCCAGCUGAAAUACAAGAGAAAAUGGUAAAAUUGAUGCCUGGUUGCGAAAAUGUUACCAUGAUACAACCAGGUUAUGGUGUUGAAUAUGACUAUGUUGAUCCAAGAGAGUUAAAAAUGACCUUAGAAACAAAGCUAGUUGAUGGACUUUAUCUUGCAGGACAGAUUAAUGGUACUACAGGUUACGAAGAGGCAGCCGCCCAAGGAUGCUUAGCAGGUAUUAAUGCUGGUUUGGCUUAUGCAAACAAGCCAUCGUUGGAUAUUCAUAGGUCAGAUGGGUAUCUAGGGGUAUUGGUUGAUGAUUUAAUUACCAAAGGUGUUGAAGAACCUUAUAGAAUGUUUACUUCACGGUCAGAGUUUAGAAUAUCUAUCAGGUCUGACAAUGCAGAUAAAAGGUUAACUCAAAAAGGUUACGAAGCUGGUGUUGUUAGUGAACAUAGAUAUAAUCACUUCAAGAAUGAAAUGAAACAUUUUGAUUCUAUAAAGGAACACUUAAAAUCUCUAUCAUUCUCUGGUGCAAAAUGGGCACCAGUAUUAAAAGGCUCUACUCUGGAUAUGAGUAGAACUACAGUUGUUGAUGGUUGGAAAUUACUUUCUUACAAGGAUGUGACCCUUUCAGAUAUAAUUCCUCAUUUGCAUAACUUUACCUCUAAUGGAGAGUUACCAGACUUAUACAACCACGUUAACAGAAGAUUAAUGGGACGUAUUAAUGUCGAAAGUACGUACGAACCUUGGAUGAAAAAAGAGGAAGCGCAUUUAAGAGCCUAUCAAGCUGACGAGAAUUUGCUUUUACCUUUGAACUACAAUUAUACAAAUGAAGGAAAUUUAAAAAUUUCUUAUGAAGUUUGCCACUUGUUGAAUACUAUACAACCUGCAACGAUAGGUCAAGCUAGACGUAUUCAGGGGGUUACACCAGCUGCAAUCUUCGAAUUAUUUAAAUUAGUAAAGGGUAACCAAGCAGAGCUUGCAAUGCAGCGAGAACCUAAUUAA